GGCAAACAUGCAGCGGAAGCCUUGCGUUGGCGUGCAGCGUGCGGCGUGCUCUACGCUUCUAGGUGAGCCCCACUAGGGCGACAGAGCGAGCGGUCGAGGCGUGGCCAGCAGCGGCAUGAUGGCUGCCCUUGCCUCAGCAGCCGGCGUCGCUGUGGUUCUGCCGGCAGCGACAGCGGCAGCUGCUGCGGCAGCAACAACCGUGCGAGCAACAGUUGCCAGAGCGACAGCGACAGCAACAACAACAGCUACAGCAACAACAAAAACAAUAACAACAACAACAUCGCUGGCGGGCAAGUUGCUUGGCCAUGUGCACAAUCGCACGACCGAAUUGAAUGUGGAAGGCGUGGCAGAGGCGGAGCCUCGCGACGAGCCGGAUGGGCUGGGGAUAUUGAGUGGGAGUGGGAGCGACAACGAGAGCCUGGACAUGGGCAUGGGCAUCGGCAGCACCUCGACGCCCAGCAGCUAUCUCUCCCUGUACGACGAGGUGGCCAGCGCCCUGGACGAGACGCAGGCGGCCGAGGACGCCGGCUAUGCGCUGAUUGAUGACAUCAGCGAGUGGCUGCUGGGCGCCGCCGCCGCCGGCGGCAACAAUCUCAGCCUGAGCAGCGAGCUGACAUCGUCGAGCCCCACCGGCAGCAGUGUCAGCAGCAGCUUCAACGAGUCCCUCAGCUGGCUGACCCUGGACAUGGCCGAUGUACAGAACAGCACGCUGUCCAGCCUCAGCAAUGCCAACAGCAGCAGCAGCGCGAGCAGCGGCGGCAGCAGCGGCGGCAGCAGCAGUAGAGGCAGCCAUCUCGAAGGCAAUGGCGAGGACGAGGCGGGCGGAAUCUAUGCGCUGCGUAAUUUUGUGGAGCAGCAGCUGAAUGGGGAGUCGGCGCAGGAUGCGCAGGAUAUCGCGCUCAUCGACAGCGCCGAGGAGAGCGCGCUCGAGAAUGUCGCCGACGGCGAGGCGGACUACGGCGUGCUGAGCGGCUUCGGUGGCGGCAGCCUGGACGCGGAAGUGGAUGCCACCAGCGAGCUCCUGCGGCGCACAGCGACAACGCUAACAAAUCGGACGACAGUCGCCUCCGGCUACGAUGCGAACGCCGUCUGGCUGAGUGGCGCUGGCGCCCAGGCAGCCGGUGCUGCGGGUGGCGUUGCCGGAGAGCGCAGUGUCGGCGGCGAUGGCGGUGCUGGCGCCAGCAACGGCGGCAGCUCCUUCAUGCUGCUGCUCGAGAACUUUAACGAUUACUUUCCCAACUACAAUGGCAGCACGGUUUCGGGCACAACGGUCGUCGGCGCGACCAGUACGGCCAGUACGGGCCUCCUCGACCAGAACCUGACCAGCCUGUACUUUGAGAACUAUCGCACCAAUUGCACGAAUGCAACGCUGAAUCUGACAACGGAAUCGUGCCAUGAACUGCGAAUCGUGGACCACAAUUAUUGGGCGCUCAUCCUGAUCCUGUUUCCGAUCCUGACGCUCUUCGGCAACAUUCUCGUCAUCCUCUCCGUCUGCCGGGAGCGAUCGCUGCAGACAGUUACGAAUUAUUUUAUAGUAUCAUUGGCCAUUGCUGAUCUGCUGGUCGCCGUAGUCGUAAUGCCGUUCGCCGUCUACUUUCUGGUAAGUGUCCUCGCCGCACUCCCGAUUCCUGUCAAAAUGCAAAAUUGCCCUCCAUUUGCGUUUAAUUUUAUCAAGUGUCUGGGGGCCAUCUAA